AUGAACACAACUAUUUAUUCCCUGAGUUUACAGGAUAUGGAAAAGGAAGAAAUGAGAUGUAAGAAAUACGCGAUGCUGUUAGUCGAUGUUCAACAAUGUCAAGACAUGGAAGAGACUCACGCAGCUAAUAAAUCAAGUAGAUCGAUGCAGCUAAGCUACAUACGUGUUGGAAAUAAGCAACAGUCAGGCGUCAUUCCUUCCCACCCUCCUUCCUUCUCUCCCUAUGUAGAUUCUUCUUCCUCCCUCCAGAUCUUUGCCUCAUUCCUCAUUGACAUUGAAUCAAGAGUGAAAGAGAAGAAGACUCCUGGUCAGAGAAGCGACAACAGCAACAGAGCGAAAGCGGAGAUGGCGAACAAAUGGGAAAUCGACGAGACAGACAACGGGAAAGCUGAAGAUAUGAUACUGAGCAGACAAAUGAAGGAAUUUUCUGUCCGUCUGAAGGACUUCUUUCAUUCGUCCGAGUAUUCCGAUCUCGUUAUCGAGACCAGCGAUAACCAGGUGUUCAAAGUGCACAAGCUCGUGAUAUGCGGUCAGUCGGAGGUUUUUGCGGGGAUGUUCAAUCGUGAGUGGAAGGAAUCAACCACCAACACGAUCAAACUACACGACGAUGAUCCCCGUGUGGUCGAAGCGAUGAUCCACUUCCUAUACGGCAUCGACUACGACGACAGCGGCAGCAGCAGCAACAGCAGCAGCAGCGAGGACAGCAGCCAAUCGUCCCCACUGUUCAACGUGAAGGUGUACGGAAUCGCGGACAAAUACGGCAUCGAGACAUUACAGCUGCGCGCGCAGGAGAAGUUCGCUGCCGCCAUCCGGACGGGCUGGAAGCAGGACGAGUUCGCGCACGCCAUCGUCGAAGCAUACACCAAAACGAGCGCCGCGACCGAUAAAAAGAGCAUACUGCGCAAAGUGAUCGUCGAGGUCGCCAAGGAGCACAUCGAGUCCCUGAUGGAGAUGGACGAGUUCGUCAACGCCCUGGAAGACGUCGGCGGGUUUGGAGCCGAUCUCAUCCACGCGCUGGUUGGGGGGACGACGAAUAGUGGUAGGGCCGGCCGGGGGAGACGGGGAGGGGGCCCACCUAGAAAGUAUGUACUUAGUAGCCUUGGCAUAGACCAGGUGGGUAUUCGCGCAAAGGCGCAAAGCGAGACCUGA